CAGCCCAAAUCCAAAUCGAUCUCUGCCUCCUCGAAUUUCGCCCUUUCACAGUCUGCCGUUGUCUUUCGUUCGCACUUGCAAUUGCUGCAGCUCCUCUCUCUCCAUGCCGGUCUGAAACCUCGCCGUCUCUCGCUGGCUGCUGCUGCUCGUCUCUGUCUGUGUUGUUGCUCUCGUCUCUUGGGGGCGUUCACGGUACUAUUUUGCAAUCCGCAAUUCAUCUUCCAUUUCAACUGUCUCCUCUUUAAUUACCGGAAUCAGGUCCAGGGGUUGCUAAAAAUAGCAUCUUUUUCAUUGCUUUUCGGUUGGGGAGGAAUACAAUAUCACCUGAUGCACUUUACAAUAUAAGAAGAUUUUUGGAUUUGUUCUAGCGAACUUCAUCAAAUUCAGGUUUCUCCACAUUGACUCAAUCGGUCCUACCUCCUUCACUGUGAAGCAUUUGGGCUCGUCUUUUUCACCAUCUUCUCUACCAGGAUGAGCUGAAGCCACCAUGAGAUAUUUGCCUUUGUUUGCUUCAUUUUCCUGUUCAGUUUUAACUUGAUUUCCAUUUUCAAUUUGGAGUUGAUUUUGAUGUGCUGUGGGUUGAUUCUGCACAAGGAGGGAUCAGAACCCAAAAAAUUGAAGGAGACUGAAUGAAUCCUUGAUUUGCUUCCCUGUAAAUUACAUGUCAUUCUUGGGGCUUCAAGGAGAUCUAUAAAACAGAAGGAAGAGAUUGAUCUGAGAAGGGAAGGUUACCUCGUUAAUAAGUUGAGCCACUGUCCUCAAAGUUGAUUGCUUCAAUUCAAAAUAUUUGUGCGAGGUGUGCACUUUGGAGAAAGAGAUCAAAUAGUCUAAAUGGAAGAUGGUGUCAGCGAUAACCAGACAAGAAGAGUUGUUUUUGUAACUGUGGGGACAACUUCAUUCGAUGCUCUUGUGAAAGCAGUGGAUUCUCCGACAGUCAAGCAAGAGCUAUUUACAAAAGGCUAUACGCACCUUCUCAUUCAAAUGGGUCGUGGAUCUUAUGUUCCCACAAAGUCUGAAGGAGAUGGUUCGUUGGCUGUAGACUACUUCAAAUUUUCCUCAAGCAUUGCCGACCAUCUCAAUGCAGCAUCUCUUGUCAUUAGUCACGCAGGAUCAGGUAGCAUAUUUGAGACAUUACGGUUGGGGAAGCCUUUAAUUGUGGUUGUAAAUGAAGAUUUGAUGGACAAUCAUCAAAGUGAACUUGCAGAAGAACUAGCAGACCAAAAACAUUUGUAUUGUGCACGUCCUCAAACUCUUCAUCAAAUUGUAGCAGAUAUGGAAUUAAGUCAUCUCGUUCCUUACUCUCCAGGAGAUGCCACACCGGUCGCAAAGCUCAUAAAUAGAUUCCUCGGUUUUCCUGAUGAUUGAAGAGCCAUGAUAUGAUUCAUAUAAGAAGUUUAAUUAGGGAAUAUCCGGAAUUAGUAGCGAUGAAGAGGCGAAACCUGAAGGGAGGGACAUUGAUAUAGAGGUGAAGGACGCAAAACGGUGUUAUAAUGGAUUGGUGGGUGAAGCAUGUGGUACGUGAUUGGUAUGACACAUAAGAGAUCUGAACAGAAAGCGAAGGUUGAACGUGAAUACUUACAUUGCAUGAUGGGUUUGGUGGUUGUGGUCCUGCUCCAUCUUAAAUGCCACUUGUACUCCAUACCAGCUUUGUGAUGGGGCACAUGAUCUGUGUGACUUUGUGCUUUGCCAUUUUCAUGCCCUUUCGUUUCUUUUCUUUUCUCUUCUCUUCUUGUUUGAUACAAAUUUUCACACCCUUUAUCAUGAGUUAGGAAUCAGGCAUAAUAAACUACUAUUGUUGGUUCCAAAUGUAGGAUAUUUUGUAGUUUUGAUAAAUAUUUUUCUAUUUUACCCUUGUGUUGUUGGCUUUGUUAACAAUACCUGUUCAGCUCAUGAAUACUGCAGGUUAAAUUAAAUACCCUUGAUUCUUUA